AUGGGUACUCCCGGUUAUUUUCGUCGCAAUAGUCCCGGGAUGCGCCGCCUAUCUCCUCUCUAUAGCAAAAAACUGCGUUUUUUUUCGAAAAUAUGUGAUCAAAGAGAACUUACACCCGGUCUCAUGCGUAACAUGUGCGAAAAACGCGGCAACCUCGCGCCUAGCAACAUCCGAGGCCCCUGUCCCGAACUGAGGAAAAGCAGAUCGGGUGUAGAACCCUCUCCCAGGACAAUUCGCCGGGGCCCGAUUAACGAUUCUGUUGAAAAAGGCAUCGGUCACGAUAUUCGCAAGAUUUCCCCCUCCUUGGGAACCGUAGCACGGGCCGGCCUGGCACCCGGCGCCGCAGUACGCGUCCCCUGUGCCGCAAUAGCCCCAACGGCUGCAGCAGAGGUUGUUGGUACAACCGCAGUUCUGGGCCGAGGCCCAUUGAGCCCCGGCAACCAGAAGGAGGGCCAAGGCAAGAAGCCCGCUAAUUGGGGGAAGAGAUUUUUUUGUAGUGAGGAAAUUCAUGUUGUGUGUUUGUGUGUGGGAUUGCAAGGGGAGGGAUGA